UGCGUAGAAGAGGGAGCGUACUUGCUGUCCAAAGUCCGAUGGUGGGUGGGUUCUGGUUCUCUCUUCACUCAGGUCGCGCCGCUUGGGCGAUGGGCUGAGGAGGGGGAAGGGGUCGCCGACGGAGCGGAGGCGGGGGCCCCUGCCGAGGAUGGAGAGAGCCAUGGAGCAGCUCAACCGGCUCACCAGGUCCCUGCGUCGUGCCCGCACCGUCGAGCUGCCCGAAGAUAAUGAAACUGCUGUCUACACUUUAAUGCCAAUGGUGAUGGCUGACCAGCACAGGUCUGUUUCAGAGCUGCUAUCAAAUUCAAAGUUUGAUGUCAAUUAUGCAUUUGGACGUGUAAAGAGGAGCUUGCUUCAUAUUGCAGCUAACUGUGGAUCAGUUGAAUGUCUAGUUUUGUUGUUAAAGAAAGGAGCAAAUCCCAACUAUCAAGAUAUUUCAGGAUGUACACCACUUCAUUUGGCUGCUAGAAAUGGUCAGAAGAAAUGUAUGAGCAAGCUACUGGAAUAUAGCGCUGAUGUCAACAUUUGUAAUAACGAGGGCCUUACAGCAAUCCAUUGGCUUGCUGUUAAUGGGCGGACAGAAUUGCUUCAUGAUCUCGUACAACAUGUUAGUAAUGUAGAUGUUGAAGAUGCAAUGGGGCAGACAGCACUUCAUGUGGCUUGCCAGAAUGGCCACAAGACGACAGUUCAGUGUCUUUUAGACAGUGGUGCAGAUAUUAACAGACCCAAUGUUUCUGGAGCAACUCCACUCUACUUUGCUUGCAGCUGCCCUGUCAGUUCUCAGGCCUCAUGGAGCGCUUCCAGCUACCCACAGAACCCGGCCAUGCUCCUCUGCAAUGCCAGCCAUGGCCAAAGAGACACUGCACAGAUCCUUCUGAUGAGAGGAGCCAAAUAUUUGCCAGACAAAAAUGGAGUCACUCCACUUGACCUCUGUGUACAGGGUGGCUAUGGAGAGACUUGUGAAGUUCUAAUACAACAUCAUCCUAGACUUUUCCAAGCAAUUAUUCAGAUGACACAGAAUGAAGAUCUCAGAGAAAAUAUGUUGCGGCAAGUCCUAGAACACUUGUCUCAGCAGAAUGAAAAUCAGUACCUUAAAAUCUUGACAAGCCUUGCCGAGGUGGCUACAACAAAUGGUCACAAACUGCUCAGCUUGUCAAGUAAUUAUGAAGCCCAAAUGAAGAGUCUGUUGAGGAUUGUGAGAAUUUUUUGUCACGUCUUUCGCCUUGGCCCAUCUACUCCCAGUAAUGGAAAUGACAUGGGGUACAAUGGAAAUAAAACUCCAAGAAGUCAGGUGUUCAAGGUCAGAAACGUAAUUGACGUUAUUAGGAAGAUAGACCUUAAAGAGAUGAAUUUCACAAAGCAUGCAUUCAUUAAUCAGGCAUCUCAUGAAUUGGACCCUCUGGAAUUACUCUGGCACUCAUUAGAUGAAUGGUUAGCACUAAUAUCAGCAGAACUUAUGAAAAACAAAAGGGAUUCUGCCAAUAUCACUUCCAUCUUACUGAAGCAAAAAGGAGCAGAACAAGAAGAUGGCACUCCUACCCAUAUAUUUGAUGUUCCUGCAUCUGAGAAGAGCAGAGAGCUUUCAGCAGACACUGGGGACUCUAAAACAUAUGAAGUUGGCAAUACGCAGGAAACGUAUGCAGAUUGCCAGGAUGUAAUUUCUGUGACGGCAAAUCGGCUAAGUGCUGUCAUUCAAGCAUUUUAUAUGUGCUGCUCCUGUCAGAUGCCUCAGGGAAUGACUUCUCCUCGCUUCAUAGAAUUUGUCUGCAAACAUGAUAACGUUCUUAAAUGCUUUGUAAACCGAAAUCCCAAAAUUAUUUUUGAUCAUUUCCACUUUCUUCUUGAGUGUCCUGAGCUCAUGUCCAGAUUCAUGCACAUCAUCAAAGCACAGCCUUUUAAAGAUCGCUGUGAAUGGUUUUAUGAGCACUUGCAUUCAGGACAACCAGACUCUGACAUGGUCCACAGGCCAGUUAAUGAAAAUGACAUUCUGCUGGUCCACAGAGAUUCUAUUUUUAGGAGCAGCUGUGAAGUUGUGUCGAAAGCAAACUGUGCUAAACUGAAACAGGGAAUUGCUGUGCGUUUCCAUGGUGAAGAAGGCAUGGGUCAAGGUGUGGUACGCGAGUGGUUUGACAUCCUGUCUAAUGAGAUAGUUAAUCCAGAUUAUGCACUUUUUACUCAGUCAGCUGAUGGAACCACUUUCCAGCCAAAUAGCAACUCUUCUGUAAAUCCUGAUCACUUGAAUUACUUCAGAUUUGCGGGACAGAUCUUGGGUUUGGCCCUGAAUCACAGACAGCUAGUCAAUAUUUACUUCACAAGGUCAUUCUACAAACAUAUUCUUGGUAUUCCUGUAAACUAUCAGGAUGUGGCAUCUAUUGAUCCAGAGUAUGCAAAAAACUUGCAGUGGAUUCUAGAUAAUGAUAUCAGUGACUUGGGGCUGGAGCUGACCUUCUCUGUUGAGACAGAUGUAUUUGGAGCAAUGGAGGAAGUGCCUUUGAAACCAGGGGGUGCAAGUAUAAUUGUCACACAGGAAAACAAAGCAGAGUAUGUCCAACUUGUUACUGAGCUUCGAAUGACGAGAGCCAUUCAACCUCAGAUAAAUGCUUUUCUGCAAGGUUUUCAUAUGUUCAUUCCACCUUCUCUGAUACAACUAUUUGAUGAAUAUGAACUGGAACUGCUGCUUUCAGGCAUGCCAGAAAUUGAUGUGAGUGACUGGAUAAAAAAUACAGAAUACACAAGUGGUUAUGAAAGAGAUGACCCAGUUAUUCAGUGGUUCUGGGAAAUUGUUCAAGAAUUGACUCAGGAAGAACGUGUGUUGCUGUUGCAGUUUGUUACUGGCAGAAGCCGUGUGUCUAAGAGGAAUUGUGUUCCGAUUUGGUAUUUGCUGCUUGGCUCUCUGUGUGCAGGAUUUGCAUCUUCCAGGGUACCCCAUGGUGGCUUUGCACAUAUAAUGGGUGGUAGUGGAUUGCAAAAUUUCACAAUUGCUGCUGUGCCAUAUAUACCAAAUCUUCUACCCACAUCAAGCACAUGUAUCAACAUGCUGAAGUUGCCUGAAUACCCAAGAAAAGAAAUCCUUAAGGACAGGCUUCUUGUGGCAUUACACUGUGGAAGCUAUGGUUAUACAAUGGCAUAAUGGAGUCGAAAAACGCCUGAUUACUGAUGUGAAAUUCAAAGUGGCCGAAAUAAUUUUGCUAACCUCAGUAGGAACAGGGUGGGAAGAAGAAGAGCCCUGAUGGUGCUGUCCACAAGCAGGAUUAACUUUGACGAGUUGCAAGUACCCUUUCUCAUGCCCAAUCCUGUGUAUCACCCUGGGUCUGAGAAACUGUUUCAUGUUAUAAAUCCAAAGUAUGCUGUAUCUUCAGUUUUUAAAUAGUUCUGUAUUAAACAUGGCAUACAUUCCUCUUUGAUCACUCUGAUCAGAGCUUUCUUUCUUUUCAGUAUGACUAGGUGUUAUUUUAACUGGUCUGCAAGUUUGUGUUUGCCUUUCCACUCCAAGCCAAAUCAUUAUUCACAGGGGUUGCAAUCUGAAACACUGUAACCCAAGUUGACUCAGGAUUUCUUAAGCAUGUCUAGCAAAACUUUUGAUAUAGCCACUGAGUCGCUAAUUUGCUCAGUUGAUUUGUAUGAGCUGUGCAUCUUUUAUGUAGCCUUGUCUGUGGCCACCGUAAAACAGCAGUUUGAGAUUCACUACAUUGAGCAUCAUCACUGAAAUGAAGAGAAUCUUGCAUACUAGGAACUGGUGCAAGAUUGCAGCCAUUGUUGUUGUGUGUCUUCUUGCAUGCAAAAAGUGCCAUUUAUUUAUUUCCCCAAGCAUUGUACAGAGUUCAGAAUUAGUAUGCAAAAUACCAAAUGUGAUGUAUUUUUUUGUGCUUACCUUAUUGAAACAUACAAAAAGGUUUUUUUAGCUUUAUAGUAUUUUAAUAUCUAAAAAAUGUAAAAAGUCUAUUCCAUUGUCAGUAAAGAAGUCAACACUUCAUUAAAAAAAAUUAUACAUUUUUAAAUGUAUACCCUAUUCACUGUUGAAGUAUAUGUGACUUCAUAGCCUUUCAGAGUUUGUAUAUAUUUUAAAGGGACGAUCCUUUUAUUUGAGGGUAUGCCUUUUCUCAUGCCUGAGCUGUGUGAAAGGUAUGCAUUAAAGUUUAAUAUUUUUAUUGUACCUUA